AAGUGAGCUAGCAAUGCCGCUCGUCAUUUAAAGAUGGCGGAGUGCUUGGCCGCACGCUUGUCUGCUCAGGAGGAGCAAAUUCGGCUCCUCUCCAGGGAAAUCUCCACCCUCCGUGAUGGACUCAGCACAGGCGUGGCUGCCGCCGGUCUCGCCUCGGGGGUCUCCCCAGAGCUGGAGUGCCUGCGGGCCGAGAACGAGAAGCUCCGCUACCGGCUGCUGCACCUCCGGAGGGGUCUGCGGGCGGAGCUGGAGGUGGAGGCGGAGGAGGGCAACCAGCGACAGGUGAAGUGUGGCAAAGCUGCGGAGAAAACCAGCAGCAAUGAGCAGCGGACAAACAAACCUACGGAGAAAAGGGGGGGCAAACCGGAAACCAAGCCAGGUGACAACAAGAAGGACAAAAAGCAGGAUAAGGUCCGAGGAAACGCAGCCGUGACCGAGCAGAAGUCGUUGCCCGACUACGUCGCACAGCGCCUCAGCCUCUACGAGGAGCUGAAGAGGGAGAGCGACGCCCUGCUGGCAGAGCGAGCCGCUGCCGGCGAGCCAGUCGCCGUGGAGCUGCCGGACGGACGUACGGUGGCGGGAAAGGCGUGGGUCACCACGCCGUACCAGUUGGCCUGUGGCAUCAGCCAGGGCCUCGCCGACAACGCGGUGAUUUCCCGGGUUAACGGGGAGCUCUGGGACCUGGACAGACCCCUCGAGCAGGACUGCUCUCUGGAGAUCUUGCGCUUCGACAAUGAGGACGCUCAGGCUGUGUAUUGGCACUCCAGUGCUCACAUCCUGGGGGAGGCAAUGGAGAGCUUUUAUGGCGGCUGUUUGUGUUACGGACCCCCGAUUGAGAAUGGCUUCUACUACGACAUGUUCCUGGAUGGGCAGAAGGGGGUCUCCAGCACCGAGUUCGGGGACCUGGAGACUCUGUGCAAGGCCGUUGUGAAGGAAAAACAGCCCUUCGAGAGGCUGGAAAUCAGCAAGCAGACCCUGCUGAAGAUGUUCAAGUACAACAAGUUCAAGUGCCGCAUCCUGAAUGAGAAAGUCAGCACCCCCACCACUACAGUCUACAGAUGUGGGCCCUUGAUCGACCUGUGCAGAGGUCCCCAUGUCAGGCACACCGGCAAGAUCAAAGCCAUGAAGAUCUACAAGAACUCCUCCACCUACUGGGAGGGCCGCUCCGACAUGGAGACCCUGCAGAGGAUCUACGGGAUUUCCUUCCCCGACUCCAAGAUGCUGAAGGAGUGGGAACGUUUUCAAGAGGAGGCCAAGAACAGAGACCAUCGCAAGAUUGGCAAAGAACAGGAGCUGUUCUUCUUCCAUGACCUGAGCCCUGGGAGUUGUUUCUUCAUGCCGCGCGGAGCCCACAUCUACAACACACUCACCGAGUUCAUCAGGGAGGAGUAUUGGAGGAGAGGCUUUCAGGAAGUAGCCUCCCCCAACAUCUUUAACAGCAAACUGUGGGAGACAUCUGGCCACUGGCAACACUACAGCGAGAACAUGUUCUCCUUCCCUGUGGAGGGCGACAUCUUUGCGCUCAAGCCCAUGAACUGCCCUGGGCACUGUCUGAUGUUCAGUCACAGGCCCCGCUCGUGGAGGGAGCUCCCCUUGAGGCUGGCGGAUUUCGGGGUCCUCCACAGAAACGAGCUGUCGGGAACGCUGACCGGGCUGACCAGAGUGCGCCGCUUCCAGCAGGACGACGCUCACAUCUUCUGCACCAUGGACCAGAUUGAGUCUGAGAUGAAGGGCUGCCUGGACUUCCUCCGCUGCAUCUACGAUGUGUUCGGCUUCUCCUUCCAGCUGCACCUCUCCACUCGUCCAGAGAAGUACCUGGGCGACAUCGCCGUGUGGAACCGCGCUGAGAAGCAACUGGAGAACAGCCUGAACGAGUUCGGGGAGCCGUGGAAACUCAACCCUGGAGACGGAGCUUUUUACGGACCCAAGAUCGACAUCAAGAUCAAAGACGCAAUCGGACGUUACCACCAGUGCGCAACCAUUCAGCUGGACUUCCAGCUUCCCGUCCGCUUCGACCUGACCUUUGUUGGGAAGGAUGGGGAUGACAAAGCCCGACCAGUCAUCAUCCAUCGCGCCAUCCUGGGCUCUGUGGAGAGGAUGAUCGCCAUUCUCACAGAGAACUACGCAGGCAAAUGGCCUCUCUGGCUGUCGCCCCGUCAGGUGAUGUUGGUGCCCAUCAACCCGUCCUGUGAGGAUUACGCCAAGAAGGUGUGUAAGCAGUUUACUGAAGCUGGUUUCAUGGCAGACGCUGACCUGGACUCCAGCUGUUUGCUCAACAAGAAAAUCCGUAAUGCUCAGUUGGCCCAAUAUAACUUCAUUCUAGUGGUCGGGGAGAAGGAGAAGAUGACCAACGGCGUCAACGUGCGCACGCGGGACAACAAAGUCCACGGCGAGCUGUCGGCCUCCGAGGUGCUGGCUCGCCUGAGCCUGCUCAAACGAAGCCGAUGUCCCAACGCGGAGGAGGAGUUCUGAUGGAGACAGAAAAGGAUGGACCGGUCCCCACGGCGUCAGAAUGCCUCUGCUACAGUCUGAAGAGCAGUCGAGGGACAAGUGAUUGGCACAUGUAGAGCCGCUACAGGGAAGGCGUGGAGAAGGAAUAAUAGGAAGGGAAACUGAAGAGCUGAAUGUGACGAGUGGCCCGUCGAGAUGUUCAUGUGUGAAGGGUAUAAAGGACAAGUUUUGUGUGGGUGUUAUUAUAAUGAUGUUUAAGUACGUUCAUCUGAAGGGCAGUUGCUUUAUAAGGAAACGAUAUGAUUUAAAUGAAGGUAAUGUGAAUUUGGCUUUGAUUUUUCACAAUGGAAUAAAAUUAAUUGAAUGAAGCAAACUGGCUUGAUU